AUGACAGGUAUAGAAGGGAAGGAGGAAGAGAAGAGGAAAAAAGAAGCAAAAAAGGGACAAACAGAUAGGAUGGAUGAUGGUAGCUCGGCGCAAAUUGACAUUUUGAAGAUGAAAUGUGCGAGAUGGAACAAACAACAAGAUUCGAAAACGAUCAUGCAUUAUGAUAAGCGAACAGCACCACCACCAGCGCACCGCACCGACACCGCCACCACACCAUUUCACCGUCAUCACCGUCGUCCUCAACGCUGUCAUCCCAUUACCAGCAAUAGUAGCAGCAGGAGCACGCAUCACAUUGUCAUUAUCGUUUGA